AUGAGGCGCUUCGCUAUCUUUUCUCUCUCAUUUCUUGCUCUCCAGCACCUUGACUCUCCACUUGGCUCUCCUUUUCGCGUUUGUGUACCUCCCACUACCGUUUUCUCCUCAUCUACGGACUGUCUCCUUCACCGUCGCUUUUCAUCACCCUCCCUCCUCCUUUCUGUGAUGUCCUAUCAAUUUUCCAGUUGUAUUCAGCUACUGUCUCUAUCUCCCACGGCUAUCACUCCGAUUCAGAGUAAUAAACUCAUGUUUCAUAUCUCCAGUCAGAAAUACGAGUCUUUUUUUUUUUUAAUCUGUUCUUGCGGAUCUCUCCAGCUAUCUAUCUACAAUCAUUAUCUAUCUUUGUUCAUUUUGAUGGCUCAUUUUCUAAUAUUUUUACAUAUUUAUAAAUCUAUCUUUAUACUAUCUAUCUAUCUAUCUAUCUAUCUAUCUAUCUAUCUAUCUAUCUAUCUAUCUAUCUAUCUGUAUGUAUGCAUGGAUUAA